AUGGCAUUGUCGUUCUUGCAUCUUGUGGCAUAUGGCGCCGUCGUUUUGGGAUUCUGCUUUGUUGUUCUUAGUUUAGCAUGUGGUCUAUACUACUUGGCUGAAUUGGUCGAGGAGUAUACUGUAUAUACGCGUAAAGUGAUCAAGACAAUGACUGGAACCGUCAUUGCGAUACAUGUACUCUUAUGGAUCGUGGAUCGAUUACCAUUCUUGCUUUUGGCUUUUUCAAUCUUUUGUCACGGCGUCUAUACCAUGAACCUCAAGACAUUUCCAUUUAUCAGCUUGACGAGUUUACCCUUCAUUGCUAGCUGUGUGCUUGUAUUUGUCGAUCACUUUUUAUGGUUCCAAUACUUUACAACGCAUUAUCGACCCUUUAUGGAUAUCGCUGCCUUCUUUGGUAUCUGCGUUUGGCUUAUCCCAUUCACCUAUUUCAUCAGCCUCAGUGCCAAUGACAAUGCAUUGCCAAUGACAGAAAACGUGGUGGAUGACAUUCCAUCUCAUCAAAAGAAAGGUCUUUUCCGGUCUGCAGUUGGUUUCUUUGAACGCAAAAGUGAUACAUUACCAUCCGAUGGUGUUGUUCCUCCGGUCGUCGAUACGCCUGUCAACUCUACCCCCGUUCCUAAUCCAGCCACCUGGUCGACCACAGCUUAUACAUCCUUAUCAUCAUCAUCUUCAUCCUCAAUUCAGCAUCGAAAAGCCGCAUAA